AUUCUGUUCAACAUGUUCGACAUGGUCAUGGGGUCUCCACUUGUGAUAGAAUCGAAAUCUAUCGUUGAAACGAUGGAGGCUGUAUUUCGGCAUCAGAAUCUUGAGAAUUCCGUGCACCGGGCCAAGCUGGAGAGCAUCAGUGAAUUUGCGAUGGAACGUCAAGUCAGUGGAUACGGACUUUGGGUCUUCGCCCUCAAACAGACAGGGAGAGAAGACGAAAUUGAUCGGAUCAUGAGACGGGCGCGCAGCACUUUGAGUGAACAAAUGUGCUUCUUGGCUCCUUUCUUCUAUGAUUGGCCGGCAGGCACAUAUGGCCUCCCCAAGACCACCGAAGGGUGUCCAUCUGGGUCCAAUGUUGUAUGGGAGGAGGGUCAGUACGAACAUCGGAGAAGUAGCAGUUUCGAAUGGCCCACAGAUGCUCAGCUGCACUUCAAUGCAACUUUCGCCGGUAGCAGGCUGUCCAGAGAAUUUUGUCUUAAGACAAAUCCCAGCAGUGGUGGGAACAGUUGGCCACCGGGGCGUUAUUGUGUACUGAAGAAAGGCUCUUGUCCAGUGGGCCUGAAGUGGGGAAAGCUCGGAUUCCCCGGAGGUAGCCAGAGUGGAGCUGUUCCGGAUGGAAGCGUAGCCAGUGACACCAUAGAGGUUGAGUACUGCUGCCAGGAAGAUGGUUUUGCCUCCAGUCCCAUCGCCUUACCACCCAGACGCUCGUUCUACCUGCUCCGGCUUGGGGGAGCGUGCCAGCAGGUUGCUGGAAUGGAUGUCAGUGAGGAGUGGAUUGAGUACAGGGGUAACGGUUACCGAGCUGGAGUGACCCCAGAUGAUGAUGGUGAUGACAACAGCCACAAACUCUACUACUGCCUCUACAGUCUACCCGGGUCUGUCAUUCCAACUACUCCGAUCGUCCCAGAUGUCAAGAACAACGACACUACACGUAUUAUCAUAAUAGUAGCACCCAUAUAGUUGGAGGUGCCGUCUUCCUGAUAUGCAUAUGCAUAUGCAUGUGUUGUUGUUGCUGUCGGGACUGAAGACAUUUCAUUUCUUUCUUUAAGAAAUGAAAUGAAAUAAAUUGAAAUCAUAACAUGAAGUAUCGAAAUGAGACAAGAGUUCUAUUACACAUGAUCAAUACUAAAUACACUGCAUUAUUUUCUUUUACAAAUGAGGAAAUCAUUAAGACUGGCUUUUACAAAAAAAGGAUCUUUAUGAAUUAUCAUUUAUCAAGUACCAGAAAAAAACAGAAUAACUAAACAUGUGUUUUAGAAAUUACUGUUUCAAACAAAAUCAGUUUGGUUCUUCCAUGAAAGUUUAUCGUCUAUCACCAUUCCUAGGAAGUGCGUGUGACUUAAUUGAUUGGUAGUUUUACAAUUUAUAGAGAUUCAAGCUUUUCUUGUUCUUGCUUGUAAAGAUAAUGAAAUUGUAUUUUUUUUCAUAUAUAUAUGUUUAUAUAUUUGACGAACAACUCGUAUUUGAUGGACAAUUCAUUAGCCUUGAACCAUUGAUGUACUUUAUGCAUGCGAUUUAUCAUUUCAAGAUGUUAAAAACGUGUCAACAAUUUCUUUGGGACAUGAAUGAGAGGAUGCAAAAGUAUAAUUAGUUUAGCACUUGAAGAAUGUUGAUAUUGGGUGGAUUUUAUGCUAAUCAUAUGAUUGUUUACCUUUAUUCAAGAUUGUGUGGUGGAAUAAAAUGGUCUAAAUCAA